CUCGUUGCUUGUUCUCGCAUGUGUACGUGUUGUGAGGGAAAUGGUUUUAGGAGCUAAAGGCAGCGCCAAUGUUGUCGAAAAUAUUCUCCUUUGGUGCACGAAAACCUGGGAAAAAGCACAAUGAUGGCGACCUGUAAGUUUCUCGUCUGAUUGACUUCGUUCCCUCGUUUGAAGAUCGUUAUAACGACGCUUAAUUUUGUUUUGUAAUUUCACAGCGAAACACCAGACGAAAUUCUUGCUACUAGAAGGUAAAUUAUAACGUGCUAAUAUGACACGAUUUUGUCGAUUUCUGUUCGUCAGUCUUCAGGUGAAAUACUAGCUAAAUUUGCGGGGUUACAAGUUCACUAGUGCUCAGAAUAUAACAGAAUUUCCUACCAUAGCUUGCAUUCGUGACCGAAAAAUUAACAUGAAUGCGAGUAGUAGCAAUUGUAAGUGUACAAUCGUGUCGCCUGCGAAAUAUGUUUCUUGGAAUUCCUGUUAACGAGAGGAUACUGUUUAAAGACCCCUGCUACUGUCAAAGUUUUGAAGUACGCGUAAAUGUAGCAAUAUCGUAGAACUUCCUUUCUUUUGUUAUGCAAGAUAAAUCCUGUAUUCUAGGAAAAUUAGUCGCGAACCUUUGAGACUGUUCUGGAAGAGUAUGUUAUGAAUGUAAAUCGACAGCAUAUGUAAAUUAUUACGCAGCAAUUGUUGGUAAAAUAUGUCGCCCUUGCAUGAGCCAUCAUGUGAAUCUUCUUCUCAAUUACCUCCCUGGUCCGUCUGCGAGUAUCGAAUUCAAUUACAGAAAUGUAAAUGUAUGGAGCUAACUUCAAGACGUGUGAUUGUAGAAUUGCCAAUGUUUCUUUCGAAUAAUUUUUUGUUUGCUAUUCCUGAAAGAGGAACUGAACCUUAAUACCAAGUCUAAAUAGCCUUGUGAUCAUUAAAGCAGCAGGAAACAUUACACAUGUUUAGAGCUUAAAAAAAAAUUAGUUUUAUGUCAUAUGAACCAUGGCAAGAAUUCUUUACAUAACUUUCGCAUUGUCUGGCCGUAGCCGAUCAUUUAUAUUAAGGACAUGAUUAUACUGCUAUCGGACAAAGGUCGAUUGACUUUUUAAUGCAAAGGUGGUGUCCAUAAAAAUGAUUUGUGUUCAACUCCCUCUUGAAUUUUGCGACUUGUAAUCGUUUAUUUUCAUAUGAAUUGCUUUUUGCCUGCUAAGCAUUACACAGCAUUUUCUGUUUCGUUGUCUGUCUUGCUAGUUGAUUUUCAACAUCGUCAAACCAUUUGUUGUUGUUGUUUCUAUUGAUAAGUAUCACAUACUAGUCGUACCCUGCAGUGUUUCAAAACUUGCAUAGAGUAGUCAUUUACUAUGAACUAUAUGAAGUAGGAAUUAUUUUUCAAUCAGAUUUGCUGACUAAGACAUAUAGAAUGAAGUUUUGUGGGAAAUUGGGUCAAUUUUCACAAACCAGAGUCCUAACAAUCAUAUUUUUGCAUAAUUAAGAUUUUGAAUUUAGCACAAGUCAUCUUUCUUACACUACUCUCAUUUGGGCAAUGGCAUUCAGGGUGGACUUAAAAUCUGAGGAAACAAAAUUUGGAUUGUAGUUUAUUCUUCAAAAGUCUCUUGAGUUGUGUUUUUCCUGGAAAUCAUGAAUAAUACUUUUUUGAUUUUACUUGACAAUUUGUCAACUUGGGAAGUAGAUUACAAUCAGCCUCUGCUUCUGGGCAAAGUCUGUGUCAGGACCCUUCUUUUCCUCUGCCUCACUCCUUUCCAUGCAAGGCAUUAGCAUCAGUCUUUUUUUCGCUGAAAUUUUUUUAGUCUUAUGACAGACUUGGCUAAAAAGCAGGGACUGCUCUUAGUCUUCACACGUAGUUGCUCCAGAUUGGCAAAUGAGGAAAGAGUUCCAAGGCUUGCCUUGAAGAAAAACCUCAAUGACUGGAUAAAUAGUUACCUGAUAAUUAUUAUAGCUAUAAUUGGCUAGAUUGAAAAUCAUAUCUUACCUAUUCAAUUAUGCCUUUAAAGGCCCUUUCCACAACUGGAACAUGAUGAGAUAAGAAUUCUGGUGUUCAAGGAAUGUGAUCGCAAAGGAAAGACCUUAUUGUUUGACUCCAAAGCAGUUCCCAAGAGCAACAAUCAACAGGUAUUCUGUUAAGUAUAAUUAAACUUGUUUUAUAAUAGUUAAGUGCAUUUGUACUUGCCAUAGAUGGAUGCCACUCCUUUGGUGAUAACUUUGCUGAGGUUUUAUGAGUUUCCUUGCAAACUUAGUGGUAACAAUAUUGCAGGGGUUUUUAGAGAUGCAGCGAUAAUUGACAGUGAGUAUCUUGUGGGAUUCUAUGAUUGGGUAUUAUUAGUGCUCUGGACUUUUGAUCUUAGGUUCAGGGAUCAGAUUCUUGACCCUAAGGUUCAAGGGUAAACUAUCAUGGGUUCAUUUUAUUUUGCCCUUGGCUUAGACACUUUAUUUGGUCCUUUUGAUGCCCUAGAUUUCAUGAUCAAUUCUCCUUACUGGCCGUCAUCACCUCUCCAAUGAUUUAGCUGUGAGAAAGUGAUGCUUAAUCAAACAUUAUUCCCUUAAUGAUAUUUUUCUUUCUUCUGAUCUCUUUACUGGUUCUUGUUGUACUGAUGUUGAAGAAGUUUAUUUUUUUCCCUGCUGGGAACUGUGUAUUGUCUUAAUCAAUUUUGAAUCCAAAGUAUAUGGUGUGAUUUAAUAUUUCAGUGCAUUUUUUUUAAUGUCACCAGGAUGCGGGGCAGAACAGAAUUUCUGAUUCAGACAAGAAGCUUUCUGGGGGCCCCAGGCUUGAGCAAAAAGGAGGCAGAUCUCAGUCAAAAUUACAGGUUAGCUAAAGUGCUGUGUGAUUCAAGAAAAUUUGAACUGCACUGUUAUACAUUUUCAUUUUAGCAAUAUUUUAUAGAGCUAGUGUAUCAAUGUCAGUGACUGAGAAACUGCAGACUUACCCCUCCCUUAGUCAGCUGACUGUUGUUGGGUCAGGGGAGCGAUGCUUUGGAAUAACAUUGGUGUAUUACAGCUAACCGAUGCAACUGAUGAUUUCAAGCUUUCCUCUUUUUUCAGGGUCAACUAAUUGUUAGAAACCAGAAUCAAAACAUAUAUAUAUAUAUUUUUUUUUUUUUUAAUUUUAUUCAUAUGUUUUUAGGUACAUGAUUGCUUAGAUACUGACAUUGAUCUGAGCUGUCAUGUGGUCAAGCUGUUCAAAAAAUUCUCUCUGUCUGAUUCUUCCUCUGUGCACCUUUUCAUAUGUCCAGUCAUCUAAAUUUUAGCCAUUAAGUAUUGAAAAGUUGGUUUUAAGCCAAUCAAAGUGCAGUGUUUCCCUGGUUGCUGUUGUAUUGAUUAUUGAAGAUAAUGACGGACCAAAGAUUUCUUUAGUUGGUGCAUGUAUUGUGCUGUGAUCAGUUCAUGUGAAGUAGCUUUCUCCCUUACCUUAUAAGCAUGACAAUUUAAAGAAGUUUCAAUCUGAUAGAGCAAUACCUAUACCUGUUAAAUUUUUAAGAAUUCCAAGUCAUUUGAGGCAGUAAUCAGAGGUACUUCAGGUGAUAAAUUUAACGGGUUACAGCUUGAAAAGGAGAACACUGGUGAAUGGGUUAUGAAACUGCAUAAGCCCUCUAGGAUUAUCUGACAAUAUUUGUAACUUUGACUCAUUUUCAUUUCAGUAUGCACGACAAAGUCACGACUCCAAAAUGUUGGGGGAGAUGAUCUUUGGCUCUGUGGCAAUGACAUACAAAGGGCAAACAGUCAAAGUCCAUGAAAUAAGGUAUGAUUCUAAAGGUCAAAGGUUAACCUAAGGGAGUUGUUCUUUUAAUUUUUUUCAUGAGUGUAUCUUGUGAAGGAAAAUAGAGGAACCUCUCAAAUAUGUAUUUUAGUUUAGCAUGAGUUUCAGGUAAAAUGGUUUUAUCUUAGUUUGUUACCUUAAUUCUUUGGGUCACAAUAGAAAAUAUUAAACAGACAAGUUGUUAAUCAUUGUGUUUUUAAAUCAUUUAAUUUGCAAUGUAGAUGUAAAUAUACAGUGUAUGUAGCACAAAGAUUACUGUCUUAAGUUUGUUGAAAUGUUCAAGAAACACUCCCUCAUUUAACACGUUAACCAAUAUUUCUCAUUUAAGUCUGAAAUCAAACUAAAGACCUAACGUUGGUCAGGUUAUAAAGAUACCAAGCUUUAGUUUUUGUCACAUGAGGUUUAACUGACUAGAAAUUAGGAUAUUAACAUUACUUUGUAAAGUCAUAAGUAUGUUAUGAUAUAAAGCAAACUUUGGAAAUAUGUAAUUUAGAUAGGUAAGUAGCUCUGACAGUCUAAGCUGGUAGAGUUUACAAAUGAAAUGGGCAUGUUUUGUUUAUUUCAGAACCCCACACCAGCUCUUACUGACCAAUGUGUUUGCUGUCCAACCAAGAAUUGUUCUGCCCAGCUGUGGGUAGGUGUUAACUGUCCUUUGAUCAUGAGUUCUUUCAUGACUACUUCAUGAAAAAAUGUUUCAAUGCAAAAAAAGUUAUUUUUUAUUUGUUCUUUUUUGUUUCUUAUUCUUUCUCAACUUAAAUAAAGACCUUUGAAGUUGAUUUACCAUCAAUAAUAUAAAUUGUGUUAACCCUUUAACUCCCAAGAUCUGAUUGUGAAUUCUCCUCUCUGGCUGCUAUCCAUUUUCUGUUAAAUUUGUUACAAGAAUUUGGUGUUAGAUCAUGAUAGCAACUUAACCCAAUAAGUUUGAUUAUUCUCAUUACUUGUUUGGUGGAUAAUAUAUGGAUAUCUUAGAGAGAACUUAAAUUUUAAUCUCUUCUGGGUGUUAAAGGGUUAAAUUUUGUGAACAUACAACUGUACACUUACAGUAACACCAGUUUUCAAGGUGCGGUACAACAUUGAGAUUAAAACAAUAGUUUUACUGGCAACUUUGAUUAUGGUUAGUAAUGUUUGGACAAAGUUCUCAUAUUUUCAGCAUGACAGACUGUUCUUUAUACAUUUCCUAACAUGCUGACAAGGAGAAUUUGUUUGCAAAUCAAAAAGUUCCUUGCCUGGUGAUCAUUUCCUUUAUUCUCAUGACCUUAAUGUGUGAUUCAGGAGUGAUCUUGUAGGGAGAAAUUAGAUGCUUGUCACUCUUAGGGUUUAAAGGGUUAAGGGGAGUUAUGCUGAGCUCCAGCCUCUUUCCUGUGUUUCAUUUUGUUGUUUGAUUUUCCUUGUUUCAGUGAUUCAAGCGAUUAUUACAGCACCAGCAGUAGUCAUGUAGAUUCAGGAAUAGGAGACAGUUCAAACAGACUUGAUCCAGACUGUGAGUCAUUGUCAUCACAGAACAGUUUUUCUAAACUUGAAGAUUCUGUUCUUGGUAAGUGUUUUCUUGUCCUGGAGUAUUCAAUCAUUUCAUGUCAAACUGCAGAAUUAUGCAUUGUUUAAAGCUUAGAAAUACAUUUACAUGUAGGACAUGGAAUGACCCAGAUUAGGGUGAAUGCUGAUAGUGUUACAAGGUGUAUGUGAAAUAUUAUUGGGAACCAUAUGGAUGAGAAAAUGUCACCAUUUUUAGAGUAUUUAUUUUCCUUACACUUAUUACUUCUCUGUAUUGUCUGCCACACAUUUCUUAGAAUUUUAGUUAUGAGAAUUUGGUGUGAAAUCAAGCAGUGGAAGUUAUAUUGUAGUGGAAAAGUGGAAAAGGGUUGAGGGGAAAUGUGUAACAGCUGUUGACGUUCAUCUCAGAUGCUCGAGAUUUCACACUUGAUAGUCAAUAUGUAUCUCACUCUUACAUGCUCAUAUACAGUAAAUGAUGCUUUUCUCUUUAAUUUUUUUAGGGAAUUCCUCCAAACCAAUGGCUGUCCCUGGCUCUUCGCCGGUAGUUGUCAUUGAUGCUGAUGAAGACAGUGGAUUCACAGCAUCUGUUGAUAGUAAGUUAGCCAAUGAAUAUCACUUGUACAUGUUGGUUCUAAAGAUCAUCUCUUCCUGGCCACCAGAAAGUGUUUUUGUUCAUAAUGAGAUACAGUUUUGUUGCUUUACCUGAAACUACUGGGAUUAGAAAAAAUGCUGUAAAUGCCACAGUUUCGAGAGACAUGUACACUGCAUAUGUAUUUUCUAAGCUACAGUAACAAAGAUUUGCUGUUGGAAAUUCAUCAGUUGUCUGGCAAAUGCUGGGCCUAUUCAAUAUAUCUGUUGCAUUUUGAUAAUUUUAACUUCAUGUAAUAUUUCCAGUAUAGCAACAUUCACUGUUAGUGGGGUUUCAAGCAAAUACUUGAUGUAAAAUUUACAAUUGUCUAAGUUUCUUUUUUUGUCUUUAAAGGUAACACAUCAUCAUGGUUCACCUCUGCAUCCUCACCUUGUGGCAGUUACCACAGACGUCUUCGUCGAAGUCAUGCCACCAGUAUUGACAACAGUUUUGGAAGGAAGAGUGAUGAGUUAUCUGAAGAUGUGAGUUCACAAAUCAAUUUGAAUAAUUUUCCUCAUAUGGGUGUUAAUGGGUUCUCUAGACCUUACCAAAUCAUACCAAAAAAUAAUUUCACCUGGAUCCAGCUUAGAAAUUUUAAAAAAAACAACACAUGUAUCUUGACAUCAGAAAUGAACAAAAUGGAUGGAAACCUCCAAUCACAACACAGGAUGCAUUGGUUAUAUUUUACUUGUUGCAAGUUUGGGAUCUCAGCUUAUAGCAGGGAUCUGCUCAUAGCUGAAUAAAUUUGGUCCUGACAGCCAGCAAGUUAUUGAUAAGGGCUAUUUUUCCUUGCCUCCUUGUAGAUUUCUCCACCUGUGGGAAGAAGACCAAAGCUGGGUAUUGGUAUUUUGUUUACUCUUGGUGACAAUGAAGAUAGAAGCAGGUACAGUUCUUACUUUAUGCAGCUUACACAUAUGAUUUUCUUGUAUUCACAGUCAUUCAUUCAUCACCUCAUGCGUUUAUUACAAACCAACUUAAUGACCAGCUCCUAGUUGGCUUGUUAUAGUGUAGCUUAGUUGGUAGAGUACUGCACUGGUAUUGCAGAGGUCAUGGGUUCAAAUCCCAUACAGGCCUGAAUUUUUUUCGGGCCUUAUUUUCACUACUUCUCAAGUAGUGUGCAUUACUGUAAAGAUUACUUUCAUAUUCAUGUUAUUUGUUCUAUCUACCUAUUCUUAACUCACUAAUGUACAACAAAUUGUAAACUUCUGCUCAGAUAUACAUGUAUUGUAAAUGUGCGCACCAAUUUUGCAUUUCUCAGAGAAAGAUUUCAUAGUUGCAGGUCAUUUAACAAACUACAUGCAGGAACAGUUCUGAUGGGGGCUUCUUUUCAUUUCUUCACAGGGCUCUUCAAGGGGUAUUUUUUGCACAUUUCCCUUUGUUUGAAUUACACGUGAUGAAACUUAGAGUGUCCAUUGAGAAUGCUUGUUUUGGAAAGCCAAGGUUAUUUACAAGUCAAGUCAUUGAGGUAAGGAUACAUACAACAAAUGUGUUCAAUUCCUUUUUUUUUUUAAUGUAGAUUGCUGGUUGUCUGCAAGUUGUACAGGGGUGUGUAACUUGUUUUUUUGCUUGUCUAUUUUUGUGUCUCUCUUUUUUGGUGUUUCAUCCCUUAAGUUCUUUCUUGCAUAAAGGGGGUAAGUUUCUAAAGAAACUAGUGCUGUGUUGGUGAGAGAGUACACCAACUGAGUUGAUAACGUAAAUUAGCCACUGUAAAGAGUUUCAAAGCUGAUAUUGCAAGCAUUAGCCCCUUGUCAGAGUAGAUGGCAAAAGGGUAACACUUGAAACAUCAGGUUUAAAACUCUCUCUUGCAUAAUUUUGUUUGUGUAUCAAUUUAAAUCAAAUUGACUAGCUGUGUGUGUGUGUGAAUUACUUAGGUAUUCAAUUGUUUUGUCAACAGGCAGUGAACACAUUUCGAGACACAAUUCACAAUAUGCUUGCAACACCAAGACUCAAGGUAACAAACAUGAAAUAUUUUUACUCUAUGUGCAAUAUGUAAAACUUAUCACAGCUCAACCUUUUGUAAAAAUUUAACAUCUAGCAACCAUUUUUGAAGUAGUUAAUAAAUGUACAGUACAGUGUAGAUGGGAUGACCAUAUUGCACAAUAAUACGUGAUGUGUUUUUCACCUAAAGAAUCAGCAAAAAGGAGGAAAAAUGUUUUGGCCAGUUCUGUGCAUGAAACAGUGUUGAUUUUCUUCCCAAUUUUUUUUAUAAUUAUCAUGAACACAAUAAAAUUACCUGAUGAAAACUUAACUGCUUGCAACUUGUUGACUGCCUCAGCAAUUUUGGCAACUAAAAUGGCUGCUGUGUUUAGCAGCUUAUUCAUUUAUAUUGAAUUUAUGCAGACAAAACAAUAAUGUAAUUGAUAAUGAUGGCAGCUGUUUGUGACUGGAGAGAAGCAUGUAUAUUGUACUUAUCAGCACCAAUAGUAACCAAAUCUUGAGUGUUUUUCAUAGGGAAUGUCACAUCUGUUAUAUAGAUGUAACAUCCAACCAGAGGUCAGGAAGUGACUCUUUUCACUAAAGUGUCAGCGAUAUGAACUUUAAUUUGUGAAAUUAUUGACAGAGUUUGUUUUGAUUUCUUUAGGAACCAGUAUGGUUGAACAUAAUGACACAUUCUUCACAUCGCUUGCAGCUGUGUGAGAAAUUCAUGGUUGAGUUGGUUGACUGCCUCAAAGUUGGAAACAGCAGGGGGACAAACUUGUAAGAAUAACUUAAAGUAAAUUUGGAGGGUUGCUUGAGAAAAAAGAAAAAAAUGCAAGUGGAAAAUGAAAGAUUGUUAGAUUUCCUUCAAAUUAUCCUCUACUCCUUUGUGAAAGCCAGGGACAGGAUGAUGUUUUAUGGAAAGUCACCUAGGGUGUUAUUCCAGGCACCCCUUAAUUUUUUAAGACUACAAUUUAGUAACUGUAACUAUUAAUGGUUUUGUUUACAGUUAUUGUUUAUUAAUUCAGGUACUAAAUUAGAGGCACACAAAUAAAUGUAUUAUUGAUAUUGAGUGUUUUCCUUUCCUAGUUUCAUGGCAGCUGUUCUGACAGCUGUGUUGCAGAAUCAUCUUGCAUGGGUGUCAACAGUAAUGCCAGCUGGAACAGCCCCAAGCCGAGCAUUUCUGGACAAACAUUCAUCCAAAACUGUGAGUCUUAAUGUUCUUCUGUUGGUAGUAGAAAUUUACUGUUUGAACAAGGGAUGUUUACCUUGGUGGUGGGAGAAUUGUCUUAUCAAACAUUGAUGUUUCAACCCCAAUUUCUUCUUGUAGUGUAGAUCCUCAUCAUUGUUCUUAACAUAUUCUUCACAUGCAUCUUGUGGGAUCCAUAAGGAAAUUUUUAGCACCCAUUUAAAGCAGAUUUUAUAUUUUUUGUUCAUUUAUAGUUGGAUCUGCUUGCUCAGUCACAUCCAUACAAUCCACUCUGGGCUCAGCUGGGGUAAGAUAAUAUUACAUGUUCUUCAUUUUAAUCUUUUGAAGUUGAUUCAGGGAUGAGAUUGUCUUGGUUCCUUAUCAGAAAUACAUUUAUCCCUUGUUUUUUGGUAAUUGUUGGAAAUUCAGUGACACCUUUUACUGUAAGUUAUGGACCAAGUUUUUUCCACUAGAAAUCCAAGUGGAAAAAACCAGGUUCCAUAACUUACAUUAGGGACUAAGAGAACAAGGUUGGUAAGAUAUUUAGUACACUGAAUAUCUGUUGUUUCAAAUAGAGGGGGAAGAUGUCAAUUCAAACAAACAUGGGAAUUAAACGCUGCUGAAAUUUGUGCCCACACUGAGGUGUUAAUUACUGUUUUGGGAAGAAAGGAGACAAAUACUUUUCUGAUCUGAAAAUUGUUUCUUCACAUGAUUCUUGACCUGUUUACAAUCCCAAAGUAUGGUUGUUUUGUAAAUUUUAAACUUGAAAUCCUUCCUGUUUUGUACAUAUGAACACCUUCCAUAGAUUUUCUUCAAAACAAUUGAUUUUUCUUAAUAACUUUUUUCUUCUUCAGAGACUUGUACGGGGCAGUUGGAUUUCCUCUUCGAGUUACAAGGACUGUAGUUGUUGGGAAAGACUCCAAAAUUGUUUCAAAAGUGUUGAAUAUCCUAAGUUAUUUCAUAAGAUGUACUGAGGUGUUUGAACAUGUACAGAAAAGAGAUGAUGAAAGCAAGGAUGACGUGAAGGAGAACAUCUCUUGUUUUGGUCAAGAAAGUAUACAGACUGUCUGCUCCCAGUGUGGAAGCAAAUCUCUUUCUGACGUUGAAAACUCUGGGAAAACUUUAAUAACUGAGCCAAGUGCUUGUAUGCAAUGUAAACAGAACUGCGAAGGAAAGUGUGUGCUACAUGAGAAGUUAACAGGCAAAGAAAACAGAGAGAUAAUACGUGAGCAGUUGAUUUCACAAUUGCAAGGUACUAAUGGGCUUACACAUUGUUUGCAUUGUAAUGCAAGAAUUACUGACGGAAGCUCAGUGGAAAAACUUCCAGGCAUUGAAAUACUUCAGUCUGUUUGCACAUGUAACAAGAUCUCAAAUGGAGGUGUGCACAAGGAGUUGAAACAUUUUAUGAAAGAUUCAAACUUGAUAGCUCUUGCUAAUAGUCACUGUGGCUCUUUCCAAUGUUAUUGUUGCAAGAAUGCAUCUGAAAAAGGAAGCAUUGUUCCUAAAGGAAGAAAGUUCAAAUGUUACUGUGGCUUGGAAAUCGAUUCUGACAAGAAUCAAGCAAAGCAGAAUUGCGUUCAUUGUUGUGCUCAAUGUUUAGAAAAACUUCAGUCCUCACAAAGUGCCAAAGGCAACUAUCCUACAGAAAUAAACAAUUCUCUAGCAACCAAGAUUUUGCAGGCUGUUCAAAGGCAAGAUUCUGUUGGCAGUGGUAAUGAAAAUGUGGGUAGGCGGAUUUCUGAGGCAGACAGUUGUAUUUCUGAGGACAGAGACUCCAUAUCUCUGAGAAAUAAUGUGUUAGAUAAAUGCACUGAUGUGGAAGAGAGCAUAGCAUCUUAUGGAAGAAGUGGCUCAGCUGAUUCGGGCAUCCAUCAGAGCCCUUUACACUCGCCCUCCAUUCGAAGACCUGACAGUUUUCCAACUGUUGUCUCGUGUCAUGUGGAAGAUGAGCAAUUGCCGGAAGAAAUUCCUUUACCUAGGUACAGAAAAUAAGUUCAGGACUUUUUAUGAAAAAUAUUCUGUGAACAAUACAUGUAUUUUAUUAGACAUUUUGGUGUAUGGUAUUGCUCGGUAUCUUUUCGAGUUGUGCCUUUUUUCGACGAGCUCACAGCACAAGUCACAGUACGAACAACAAGAAUUAUCCAACUGCUCUAUUUCAUGUGCGUUUCUUAAAAAGUGGGAAAAGCGAGUGCAGUACAUUUGGAUAAUAAGAUGCAUUAUAAUAGUCUUUGUUAGUGACCGUUGGCUUUACUUUUUUCCCUUAAAUUUGUUUAAAUUUUUACUAGUCUUGGAUAAUCUGACUGGUCUGUAGUUUUCCUACAAUGUGUGUUGUAACAGUCUCAGAAGUACCAUUUUUUCUCCUCCUGCUACAGAACAACACUCUAAUUUAAUAUUCUUUAUUAACAAGUACAUUCACAUUUUUCCCCUCAAACACUUUUAGGACUGAAGAAGUGAGCUUCUCCAUAAACAGGUAAGAUAAUGUUUUUCUUUUUUUUUUUUUUUUUAUUUUGUGAGACACUUUGCUGCGCCGCGUGUGAAACUUUUUUUUUUAAUUUUUACCACAUUUGGAUGUUAUUUGUGUUCUUAGCUAAACAGUAUCAUGGAAUCUAUUAUUUAAGCUUUCAAGUAGAUGUGCAGGAACAUGGAAUCCAUUUGUGAAAUAAAAAUAUUAAAUGUACCUAAUAUUUUACUCCACAGCAAAUCAGAUGAUUGGAAAAUCUUUAACAACUUUGGACGAUCAAUGUUUGCAGGGUUAGUUGAAAGACUUCUACAUGUUAAUUUUGCUAUACUUAAAAACUGGUAUAUUGGUAAAUUUGUCUGUUUGAUUUAAUCAUGGUGUGUAGAAUUUUCAAGAUUUCAAAGACCGCAGUUUAGAGUUAUUUAUUCCAAUAUGAUUCCUCUCUUUGAAUUCAGAAUUGUGGACAGUUAUCUGCCAGACUUGGUUCUUCAGGGUGUUCAGGAAAAUGACUUUCGAGGAAGACUAUCAGCUGACCUAAAGCUUGCAUUGCAGGUGAGUAGUAUGAUAAUUUCCAUCUUUGCCCAUCAUCAUAGUUAUGUGUAAUUCUCUCGACGUGCAUGCAUUCAUCAGCUAUUAACACUUUUUUACCUAAAUGGACACUGUUAAGAAACAUGUCAGGGAAAUAUUUUUGAUGUAGAGCUGAUACAGACCCGAAAGCAUAUGGCUUUUUCGGUAGCGCAUUAGACUCUAGGAGAUUCACAGAUGAUGAAAAUUGCUGGUCGCCGGCCUGAAAGGAAAAUCCUUUUAGGCUGGUCUAGCUUGCUGAAAUCUUGGCAAUAGUGUUCUUUGCCAUAAAAUAUUGUUGCAAUUGCAUGACAUUUAACUAACCUCAGGGAACAAACGAUAAAUAACAGCGCUUUAAUAAUUUUUUUUUCACAGCACUCAGUUGUGGAUGAUCCGGUCUCAGAAGCAGUGUGUAUCAUUGCUAACACCGAUAAAUGGUAAGUGCGAAUCAUUCAUUAAUGCUCCCAACAGUUUGUGUGACUUUCACAAAAAUGACCGCAGCCUCGAUAUAUUAAAAUGACAAGGAACUAAUUGCAAAAUUAGGGUCAGUUGAAGGCCUUGUGUGUCUCAAGAGAUUUGAAAUGAAAAACGAUGCAAAAAAACAGAGUUUCAACUUACCACAAUAAUUCAAUGAGGAGAAAGGCAAUUAUCAGGGUGCGCACGGGUCCUGGAAAACCUGGAAAGUCCUGGAAUCUUAUUUUGACAUUUUCCAGGACUGGGAAGUCCUGGAAAAAGACUACAGGUUCUGGAAAGUCAUGGAAAUCUGUUGAACUCGUGCGAUAAAGUUUUCAGAUAUAUAUCUACGUAACGUAACGUACGUUAUACGUUAUAUACGUUACGUACGUUAUAUAUACGUUACGUGUGUCGAGCAUGAGGAGAAUUGAUUUUGACAUUUUGGGAAUGGAAGGGUUUAACGUGAAAUUUGGAGACCCGGAAAAAUCAAUCUGAGUCCUUAUUUUCGAAACACGUUUCUUAUGAAAACGUUUGUGGUAAUUUUGAAAUUCACCGCGUGGCUUUUGUUGUAGGACUUGUGAAGUUGUCUCCAUGAAAAAGAAUCGGAAACAGCCAACUUGGUAAGAAUAUACCUGUAUUUUUAAUCAGAGAUCAGUACCCAGAUGCUUUCUACCGUACAGUUUUUGAACACUGGAAGUUAGACAGGUUUUUUGAAUCAGGAAGCAAUGAGACAACACAUUUUCGAUGAAUGUUAUUCUGAAAUUGGAUGUGAAAGGUUGAAGAAUCACCACUUAAUCAACAUUUGUCGUAGAAAGUCGUGCCUUCACUUCAGUAUUGGAUUAAAGGAGGAACUAGUAUUCUUAUUUUGUGUAUGUUUGUUUGUUUGUUUUUUUCCAAUUAAUUUGCAAUUUAAUCUUCGCCUUGAUGCUCAACUUGUUUGCUGUGAUUUAUUCUUCUAGCGAUCCCAUUCACCAUGAACAACAAGUAGAAGUAUCCAACUUAGUGUUAUCCAUGUUAUCUUCCGUCAGCGGCUUAUGGGACAUCAAAAUGUCGGCAGAGUUUGUAAGUUCGGAUCUGUUGUUUCUACUUUUGCUGGGUAAAUUUAUCUUUUUGAAAUAGAUUGAUAAAUAUGCUUGAAUGGGAGCUAAAAUACAGGUGUUCGAUUGCUCGAGGUUGACACCCAUAGCUACAUGGAACAAUUGUUACUUUUCUUGUAAGUUAAACAAAAAAGUAGUUUCAGGGGAAAUAUAAUUGUCUGUUUAUUUUUUAGAGCUUCCUCGUGAGCCUACAGGUUUCAUGUAAACUUUGUACUUCGCCCAGGCUCACAUCACCACAACCGUGUUUUUUGCUUCAAAAAAAUAAAUUAAAAUCUGGGUUAUGACCCUCUAGGCUUCAACUCAGUCAGAAUGACGUGUUAUACCAUGUUCAUCAGCAAAAGCCUUCUUGAAUUACAUGAUUUAGUGAAUUUGAAGAAAUUGAUAUUGGUUAGCUAUUGCUUUAAAUGUAAUCAUAGCGUUUUUGUUCACUUUUAUAGUGUUUAAUGCACUUGGAAGAUAAACUGAAAGAGAUAUAUCUGAAGAGCAAGGUAGGUUGGCAUCUUAUAUUCUUUGCUCCAUGGAGCGCUUGUCGGUUAAUUGUCGUAAACCAAUCAGAAGAAAGGAAAAUAGUUUUAGGAGCCAAUGGGAACCCAUAGUAAAACCGACCAAACUGCUAACAGCGCGGGAAAACGUCGGCGACAAAGUCGUAAGUGGUUUUAGCUUUGCAUCUGAUUGGUUGAGAGAUGGGCGCGAGUUUUCUGGACCAAUUACAGCAAUCUCCCGUCAACACUCAAUUGAAAAUUGCUCAAAUGGCUGCAAUGCUGUCUCGCUAGGAGCUAUUGUUUGGUUUUUGUCACGUGGCACUUUGGUGUUGCGUAACACGAUCAAACACUAGCCGCGAAAGAGACAAGUUGUUUUCAAGACUUAGCUUUUGAAAAUAAGUCCAUUUUUUUCUAAUUUUUUAAGGUUACCGAAGGCUCUGAAUAUCUUAUUUGCAAUUUUUUUCUUCUAAACUUUCUCAAAUGAUUUAUCUUUAUAAGUUAAUUGCAAUGAAAUAAUAUUAAAUUAUGAUCACAGAACCCUUUUUUGAGUUACAGGCACAGUGAGCUUAUUACCCUAGUGACUAAAUAGGUUCAGGCGUGCAAACACAGUGACCAAUUGUGGAAUCCGUUUUGAUUCUUACAACAGGUAAUAACAGAGAGAUUGAGGGACAGACGAAAGGUAUUGACACGUGAUGAUCUCACAAAUAUGCUCAGGUAAAUAGGAAAUAAUUAUGAGACCUCCCCCUCUUUUCCAUUUUGUCACCGUCGCACUACCCCCUCCUCCCCCUCCUUCCCUUCCUCGAAAGAAUCCGUACCUCUUAUAGUAAUUCAUCGUGAGAUAUUUUACACAAACAGUCUCUCUAAUUAGAGUUUUCAUUCAGAGAGUUUGUGUGUGUCUGUUGGGAAGGAAGAGGGUAAGGGGGAACUGGGCGUGGUGGGGGCCCAGCUCGCACGGAGGGAACAGGUUUGCAAUUUAUUUCUUUGCGAAUUUUUCAGCACUUAAAAACAACUUGCUAGAAUUGUCAUUUGCCACCUUCGUGUUUUUUAUAUUUUGGCUUGGAAUUGUUAGCUAUUUUUGGAGGGUACUUCAGAUCGAUGGUAAGUUUUUCUCUUAAUUUUUUUUUUCAGUGUGGAUGACAACGAUGUACCUUUACUGCUGGCAGUAGCUGGUACCCAUGCCCCGCAGAGUAUAACACUUGUUGGCUGAGCAUGAAGUGUCACGCUUGAUAAGAUUCAAGUUGCCCUCAAGCGAUGCUUGUUACAUGCUUCGAUGUUAUUUCAACAUCAUCAUCAUCACCACCAUGUCCACACCAAUACCGCUGGAAUGUGUGUAUUCUGUGUUAUUCGACGGAAGGCAUACUGAAGCAGAAAUAUUCUCUGUGAAAUUGAAGACUUGUGUUACAUUCAGAUGUCAUCACGACAGAACCUCUACUAGCGUGACAUCAACCAUCAGGAGCUACUCACCACGAAGUAAAGUUAACUUGUCUGUGUGUAACUGAAGUCCUUAACUCAGAAGUGGAAUUUCCCCGGGUUUUCAUUUAAAGUGUUCUUAACACAAAACCAACCAUAAUCGUUAAAAAUGAAUCACUCUUCAGGAGUGGAACCUAGUACAUUGAAAAUAUUCAGCAGGAUUUGGAACAGAAUAGCUGGGGCAGAAAACUUGCGAGGAGUACUUUCAUGCUUUCGCAUAGGCAAAGAGGUUUUCUUUCUCAAUUUUCCUUUCCAGACAGUACACUUAGCAAAUCAUUUCACGCUCGAUUGAGUUUUCUCCUCUUACUGGGAGAAUUUGUUAGUAGAGGAUACGUUUUUACAUGCACAGAACCUCGCAGAAAACUUGUCGACACAACUUGAUCACAAGCCACGCUUAUAAAGUUACAAAAUCACUAUUCGCUAUGGUUUAUUCCAUCGAAAGUAGUCUUACCCAUGUGUUUCACGAGAUAAUAUUUUUUUUUGUAACAGAAAAAGAACAGUAUUAAGAUCUUCGCUUACUUUCACUGUUUGACAAAUUCACCCGACUGUUUACCGUCAAUUCUCUUCCUAUGGAAGAAACUAUCCUCUUUUUCUUGCUUGCCGGACGAAAAUUUUUAGGAGAAGAGUAAAUUAUAAACCACGCCGCUCAUAUUUAUUACUAAAUACAGCUAUUUUCGAAGCGGCCUUCUGUUAAAUCGUAUAAUUUUAUCUUAAAUAAAUGUUGAG